AAUUCCUCGACAUCUUCAUCGUUCUGUUGUUCCUUCCUCAACAAACCCACCACAAAAUCAAAAACCCUAAUCUGUGAGAUCAGAGAAGAGAAGCUAUGGAGGGUGAUUCAUCUUGGAGUGCUCGUCUAUCUUCUGCCUCUUGGCGCUAUCAAUCCGCUCUUCAAUCUCGAUCAGAUAUGCUCAUGGGUUUUGAUGAAAAUGAUGUGGACGAUGAUAUAAGGGAGGAGUUUCUAUGCCCGUUUUGUUCGGAGUAUUUUGAUAUUGUUGGAUUAUGCUGCCACAUUGAUGAAGAGCAUCCCAUGGAAGCAAAAAAUGGGGUAUGUCCAGUUUGUGCAUUGAGAGUAGGGGUUGAUAUGGUAGCACACAUAACCCUACAACAUGGAAGUAUAUUUAAGAUGCAGCGCAAAAGGAAACCACGUAAAGGUGGAUCUUAUUCAACACUAUCUUUAUUGAGGAAGGAGCUGCGAGAAGGAAAUUUGCAAUCCCUUUUUGGCGGGUCUUCGUGUUUAGUGUCAUCAUCGAAUGCAGCACCUGAUCCACUGUUGUCAUCAUUUAUAUCGCCUUUAGCUAAUGAACUUAACAUUUCUCAGCCUCACUCGCAACCUGAGACAAGAUCAUCCAAGAAAUGCUCAGAUGAGACUGUAUCAAGAAGAAAUGUGGAGUCAUCAACCCUUUCAGUCAAGGAUAAGGAGGAGAAGGGAAAAAGAUGCGAGUUUGUUCAAGGGCUGUUGCUGUCCACCAUGCUUGAUGACAAUUCAUGAAGGAAAUUCAUCAGGAUGGCUGCUUCAGUGGCGGGCUAAUUCACAGAUGCGAUACCUGCAACCUAUGGUUUGUCUAGUGAAAUUGUCUAUGUAUUUGAUCAGAGUGGAAUAAGGAGUGGAAAAUGAAUGUAAUGUAUGUAUGUUGUAUGUGAACUGAUGUUUUUAGCUCAAGAGUUUCAUAUCCUUUAAUUUCAGAUCGUAAAGCUUAAAUGAAAUAGAUAAA